AUGUCACGUGUGGAUCGCAGUAAGCUUAUGUGGUUGUUGGCUUGUGUGUGGUGCUUUACAUCGGGAGUCAUAUUGUGCUACGUGAGCACCACGUCGUUCGCUGCCAAUCAGUAUCAGGCCUUACCGAAGUCCCAGUGGCCUCGAUCGAAACCGUUAAGUCUACGGCUCCAGCAUCAUACCGACAAUUCUCCGACAGAAGACAAAUACGCACGAGGCAUCGUCAUGUGUCUGCACAACGGAAUUGCUGCCAUGGGCGCAUCGCUCAUACGAGAACUGCGCUGCUUGGGCAACACAGAGAUUAUUCAAGUCUAUUAUUGCUUUCCAGAAGAGAUUUCGGAGGAGACUAGAGCAUUGCUGACUCGCAAUGAUCCAAGAGUGGAGCUCGUGGAUGUGUGCACUGAGGUUUUGUCCAAGAAUGGAUCUGAAAAUCUGUUUCAGGGCGACGUUAAGUACGCUAAAACGUUCCAGAGCUACUGGAUCAAACCUUUGGCGUUGUAUCACACAAAGAUCCGCGAAGUGAUUUUGUUGGAUGGAGAUGCUGUGCUCCUGCGCGACCCGGCAGCUCUCCGCACAUUGCCGGGUUAUGUGCGGACAGGGACGACAUUUUUCCGAGACCGGAUUGCCAAGAUGGACGCAUUCUUAACCAAGUUGACAAGUGAAGGUGAAAUGUACUUGCACUAUUUGAUCCGUGAGUUUCCUUACGACAAGUUUGGAUUGAGUGGCGCUAUGGCUUCCGAGCAAGUUAAGAAAAAGUUCUCAUAUCGAGGGGAGACUGCCCACGAAAUGGACUCGUCAAUGGUGCUGAUCGACAAGACGAGAGCUGGAAAGGCGUUGGAUAUUUUGCGGGAGCUGAUUUUUAUUACCCGAUUUUAUUUACAAUUUUCAUGGGGUGAUAAGGAGGCGUUUUGGCUCGCGUACGAGCUGGCACAUCAAGAUUAUUUCUUCUCUCCUUGGGGAAUGAGCCAGAUAGAAUCCGUACCAAACGACGAUCGGUCUCACCUGAAUACAAUGUGUGGGAGUAUGGCACACUUCAUUCCUACUGAAAACGAAACAGAAGUACCCGAAGUGCUCUACUUUAACGGCAAGGCACUACUACAGCCAUUCCCCAAUGGAGUGGAGAAGACUAUCAUGGGCCAACGCACACGUAUGUACAACCUCAAUCCAGCGUACGUCUCGCCAAGGUAUCGUCACGACGACUUUGACCUCUCAAGCUCCGAAACGUUUGAAUGCAUGGACAACAUGGGAUCUGUUCCACUGCCGCCUUACUUUUUCAGAAAUUUGUUACGUCGACGUUUUCAUUAUUUCGCAGCGGAGAUGAACGUGCACGAAGCCUUGGACAGCUGUCCGAUACAGAUAGAUUGA